AUGAGGAGUCAUCAAGGGCUAUUUGCCAGGAGAUCUUGGAUCAUUCAACGCAGAGCCUUUUCCUCUUCUCCGGCUGCUCGAGCACCUGGUUUGAAGAACAAGCUGCCGAAUGGCCCUGCGCGCACGCGUUUUGCGCCCUCGCCCACCGGAUACCUCCAUCUAGGCUCCCUACGCACAGCACUCUUCAACUAUUUGCUAGCAAAACGUACCGGUGGUCAAUUCCUGUUGCGCAUUGAGGAUACGGACCAGUCCGAACGAACAGCUUUAUAUCAGUCCCAUGCCAACGAUCUUAUCUCCAAUGGCCAUGCAUACCGGUGUUUCUGCUCCGCAGAACGAUUGGAUUCGAUCGCCCGUCACCGCAGCCAGGCAGGACUGCCGCCAGGCUAUGACCGGAAAUGCGGCGAUGUGUCUGCCGAGGAAUCGGAAGAUCGAGCAGCCAAGGGAGAGGCACACAUUAUCCGAUUAAAAGUGGAGGAAUACCCCGUGUUCAAUGAUCUGGUUUAUGGCAAAUCUGGUCAGAAUCGACCGAACAACGCGAAGUUGGAUUUCAUCGACCGUGUAUACAACGACCCAGUCCUUAUCAAAUCGGACGGACACCCUACGUACCACUUGGCAAACGUCGUGGAUGAUCAUUGUAUGAAGAUCACUCAUGUUAUCCGCGGAACAGAAUGGAUGCCAUCCACACCUAUGCACAUGGCGCUAUAUAAUGCCUUCAAGUGGACGCCACCAAGCUUUGCUCAUGUCCCUUUGCUCGUCGACAAGAGUGGACAAAAGCUCAGCAAGCGCAAUGCAGAUAUCGACCUCUCCUCAUUCAGGGAUCAGCAAGGGAUCUUCCCAUCCACAUUGGUGAACUUUGCUUCCCUCCUAGGCUGGUCACAUUCCGAGAAGUCUGAUGUGCUAAGUCUGAAGGAACUGGAACGGAUUUUCAACUUGAAAAUCACUCGAGGUAACACUGUCGUCUCCUUUGAAAAGCUCCUGUUCCUCCAGAAGGGGCAUGUCCAACGCUUGGCCAAAAGCGGCGGCCCUGAGUUCGACGAGAUGGUGAAGAAGGUGACCUUGGUGGUGGAAGAAAGCCAUCCUCUGGACAAACUCAAUACGAUCCUCAAAAGUCGCACUCUCUCGGAAUACAUCGCGCCCCUUAUCCGCGCAGAUGCCAACAACUACACAAAUGCAAAGGAGUUCGCCCAACGUAACUCCACCUUCUUUACCCCUAAACUCGACAGAGCUCCUUACAAACCGGUCUUACCCCAAUCCUUCCCCGAAGUUCCAAUCCAAGCCCUGCACACCGCAGCAGCCGCUUUAACCCUCGUCCCACCCGCAGCCUGGAACAUCGACACACACCGUGACAACAUUAACAGCUACGAUGGCACAGAAAUCGUAGUAUCCUCGGCAUCUAAGUCAGAGACACCCCUUGGCUCCAAUAACGCAGCCAAAAUAUUCAAGAAGGAGCUAUAUCACUAUCUCCGCUGGGCGCUGUCGGCUUCUGCGCCUGGGCCUGGAAUCUCAGAGACUAUGGUAGUCCUAGGGAGAGAUGAGACACUUCGCCGAGUGCGGGACGCCAAGGCGUUGACACAGUCCUUGAUUCCUUCUGCUGGCCAGAGAGUUCCUAAGGGAACUUUGCCUGAGGAUCAGAGUUGGAUGGGGACUCUUGCGACUAGCCGGUAA